CCCUAGAACAAUAUACUGUAUGACGACGAGCGUCGAGCUAGCACAUGCACAAAACAAGGCUCGCCAAAUGUUCGAGCAUGUGUGAUAUCCAGAGAUGCUCUAUCUCCAUUGGGUCAAGACAUCGAAGUGACGAGGGGUCGCCGUGCAUGAAGCAGCAUCAAGCUCCCUGUCAUCUCACCGACAGUUCCGCGAAUCCUCCGCGCGAAGUGGAGGCACCUCGGUGUAAGACGUAGCAUUAUCAUACGAUACUGCUUCACGCGGAAGCGCCAGUUC